AUGAAAACGGGGUCUUUUCUCAGCCACCCUUCUCUUUCCUUCGCCCUCCUCGUCCUCCAUCAGUCAUCCGUCUCGCUAGUCAAGCACUCCCGGACACCACCAUCGCCCAGGAACGACGGCCUUCGGGAGACGGACCAUCUCUACAACCCAGCAACGGCCAUCUUUCUCACCGAAGCCCUCAAAGCACUCAUCAGCCUGGUGAUCUUGCUCAUCCAAUCGCCUCCAGCCCGCUCUCACCGAAACCAGCCCUUAACCCGUCUUCGGCACCUGGCCUUCUUGGCCCUCCAACCACAGCAUGUUCACCAAGUUCUUGAAAUGUCCAUCCCCGCACUCCUGUAUACAUUACAAAAUCACUUAUUAUACAUCAGUUUGGCCGAAUUGGAUACCCCGAUAUACCUCAUCACGUCCCAGUUGAAGAUCCUGACGACAGCCUUGAGUUCCGUUGUGAUCUGUCAGAAGGUGCUUGUGAGCCAGCAAUGGAUCUGCCUCUGCGUCUUAGCCCUGGGGGUGAUGAUGGUCCAAUUCGAGCCGAUCGAGGCCACCACGGGCGACCGGCGCCGACUGUUUAUCCCAAGACCCAACCACCUCAAGGGAAUCGUUGCGCUCGUGCUCUCUUCGUUAGCCUCCGCUCUGGCCGGCUCCUGGUUCGAGCGCUCUCUCCAACUCAAGCGAUCUACCCUCCAGAAACCUCGGCCCCUUACAGCACCUGGCCGUACCUCAGAUGAUGACGAAGACAAGGAUCUGAAGGGUCGCACAAAGAAGUCGGGCUCGGAUAUUUUGCCUCCGAACGAGCCGCGCCGGGACGCGACUAAGGAGCCGAAUCUGUGGGCCAAGAACCUUCAGCUAUCAGUGCCGAGCCUUGCGAUCUCGUAUCUGAUGAUCUAUCUCGAGCCCCACUCGCGUCGACACACGCGCGCCCACGGCUUCUUCCACGGCUUCCUGCCCUCAGCCGAUCCCCAUCCCUCGCACUCCUUCUCAUUCGGCCAGCUCGGCGUGGUCUGGCUCAUCGUCAUCUACCAUUCCCUCGGCGGCCUCCUCGUCUCCAUCAUCGUCAAACAGUCCGGAAGCUUGGUCAAGAACUUCGCCACUUGUUUCUCCAUCGUCCUAUCCGUCUUGGUUUCGUCCUACUCGAAUCAAACUCGACUAGGAUUCAACUUCUAUUUAGGCAGCUUGUUGGUCUUGAUCUCGAUCAAGACUUUCACUUCAUUCUCCUACUAA